GGUGACGUGACUUAGCUUCACAUCUUCAGACGUACAAGAUGCCACUGCUUUGUCUCUUUGGAACCUCGCCAUCACAUCGACAACACUCGUUCGUUCUUCCUACGCUCCCGGCAUCCACGCUCGCUACCGCACACAUCGCCUGCACAUUCCGCGACCCAAGCCAACUUGAUACCCGAAACGAAGGAAAAUAGCUGCAAUGCAUUUCACCUUGAGCGCAGGUGUCGCCUUGCUGGCUUCAGCAUCGUUCACCCUCGCGCAAACCUACACCGACUGCAACCCUACCAAGAAGACUUGUCCAGCCGCAGUUGGUUUGCCAUCUUCUUCAUACUCAGUCGACUUCACGCAAGGAUCAGCAGGUAUUGCCCCCUGGUCUGCUGCGUCUGGAACAACUCUCGAGUAUGGAAGUGAUGGCGCCGUCUUCACGAUCGCGCAAUCGGGCCAAGCUCCUACCAUCGCCACGGACUUCUACAUCUUCUUUGGGCACGUUGACGUGACUAUGCGCGCCAGCGCUGGCACCGGAAUCGUCUCGAGUAUUGUGCUCCAGUCUGCCGAUUUGGACGAGAUUGACUGGGAGUUCCUCGGAGGCGACAAUACGCAGGUUCAAUCGAACUUCUACGGCAAGGGAAACACUACAUCCUACGAUCGUGUCGUAUACCACCCUGUUGCCACGCCUCAAGAUACAUGGCACACUUAUGGUAUUGACUGGACGAGCGAGAAAAUCGACUUCUCCAUCGACGGCACCGUGAUCCGCACCGUCCCAUACGCGAGCGCUGCAACUGUUGAUGGCAAGAACUUUCCUCAGACUCCUAUGCAGCUGAAGCUUGGCUCCUGGGCUGGUGGCGACAGUUCUUCUGAAGGCACUGUCGAGUGGGCCGGAGGAAAGACGGACUACAGCCAAGCGCCCUUCAAGAUGUACGUCAAAUCUGUCGACAUCACAAACUACAACCCGGGCUGCGAGUACGCUUACUCCGACAUGAGCGGCUCGUAUCAGAGCAUUGAUGUCGUCACCUCGGGCGACUCAUGCAAGGCCGAUGGAGCGAGCAACAGUUCUUCUACCGCAUCGGCUGGAAACUCCGCUACCGCCACCACUCAAUCGAGUGCUCAACAAUCGAGUGCUCAAUCAAGUGCUCAAUCGAGUGCUCAAUCGAGUGCUCAAUCGAGUGCCCAGUCCAGUGCCCAGUCGAGUGCCCAGUCAGCUCCCACCGCCAGCCAAGUAGUCAAGCCCAUCGAGCAAACAAUUUCUCUCCAAACAACCGUCACUGGAUCAGCAUACUCCGUCAACACAGCUAGUAUCUCCGCGUUGAACUCGGGCAUGCUACCCAGCGCCACAGCCACGAGAAAUUCCAACGACGGAGAAGGAGCUUCUUCGUCGACUUCGGCAAUCGCCAGCUCUACGGGAGCAGCAUCUUUGAACGUGGCUAUGGCUGGUGGCUCGCUUCUUAGUAUCCUGCUCGGUGCAGCUUUGCUGUAAAGAAGAAGAAGGAAAAAGUUUCUAUGAAAAAUUACGAUGGCGUUUAUUAUGGUUGGUGGGGCUGGUAGCUUGUAAUGCUAUGCAAAAAGCCAAUGCAUGUAUGAAUGAAUGGAUGGAUGGAUGGAUGGGUCAACCUAGAUAUGAGACGUGUCUUCACAGACAACAGUGUGAAAAUUCUUGUUUUUUGUUUUUCUUUUCAACCACUUGUAUUAAAAAGAC